AGAAAGCCCAACACCAUGCGGAAGGGAGACACCCUGGAGGUAGCACCACCCACUUCAGCCUACCGCUCUGUCAUGGAGGAGUAUGGUUACGAGGUGGGCAAGGUCAUUGGCAAUGGCUCCUAUGGGAUGGUUUAUGAGGCUUACUACACAAAGCAGAAGAUCACGGUGGCUGUCAAGAUCAUCUCAAAGAAGAAGGCCUCUGAGGACUACCUUAACAAGUUCCUGCCCCGUGAGAUACAGGUAAUGAAGGUCCUGCGGCACAAGUACCUCAUCAACUUCUAUCAGGCCAUCGAAACCACAUCCCGAGUAUACAUCAUUCUGGAGCUGGCUCAGGGUGGUGACGUCCUUGAAUGGAUCCAGCACUAUGGGGCUUGCUCUGAGCCCCAUGCUGGCAAGUGGUUCUCCCAGAUGACCCUGGGCAUCGCCUACCUGCACAGCAAGGGCAUCGUGCACCGCCUGACCCCCAGCCUUUCUGCUGCUGGUAGGGACUUAAAGUUGGAGAACCUGUUGCUGGACAAGUGGGAGAAUGUGAAGAUAUCGGACUUUGGCUUCGCCAAGAUGGUGCCUUCUAACCAGACUGUGCGUGGUAGCUCUUCUUACCGCCAUAUGAACUGCUUUACCCACCUCAGCCGGACCUACUGUGGCAGCUUUGCUUAUGCCUGCCCGGAGAUCUUGCUGGGCUUGCCCUACAACCCUUUCCUGUCUGACACCUGGAGCAUGGGCGUCAUCCUCUACACUCUAGUGGUGGCCCGGCUGCCCUUUGAUGACACCAAUCUCUUAAAGCUGCUGAAAGAGACUCAAAAGGAGGUCACUUUUCCACCUAACUACUCCAUCUCCCAGGAGUGCAAGAACCUGGUCUUCCAGACGCUAUGCCAAGCCACCAAGCGUGCCACCAUCCUGGACAUCAUCAAGGAUCCUUGGGUGCUCAAGUUCCAGCCUGAGCAACCCACCCAUGAGAUCAGGCUGCUUGAGGCCAUGUGCCAACCCCCCAGCACCACUAAUCGGCACCAGUCCUUGGAAAUCAAUACCUAAAAGUGGUUAAGGGAGGGAGUUGAGAGAGGAGCAAAGCAGGAGGGUCUGGGGCUAACGAUCUUUUCUACCAAAAAUAAAUCUAUACCUGAUUUAGUUUCA